AUGCUUUUGACGUAUGGAGGACGCGGUUUGCAAAGAACGUACUACAAUGCUGGACCGGCGCAGGAUGAAAUUCAUCCGGAACCAACCCGAAUCCCCUAUCGUCCAGAAGAAGAACCGGAAUAUGACAACGCAAUAAAACGACUCAACAAGUUUUUCAUCGGUAAACAUAACGAUCGAGUUGAGUUAGAGAUAUUCCGUUCAAUGCGACAGUCGAAUGAAGAAGCAUUUAAUCUAUUCAUUUUACGUCUCCGAGAGCAAGCGGUGCGGUGCGACUUUGGCGAAAGAAUCGAGAAGGAAAUUAUGCAGCAGGUUACCAUGGGCGCUCGCGAUGAGAGGGUCCGCGACAAAGGGAUGGAGAAUAUUAUGACACUUGACGAAAUAACAAAUUACGCCGUAAAUCGUGAAAUGCUUUGUAAACAAAAAGAAAGAGCUAAGGCUGUUGCUGAUGAGCCUCUGGUGGCCACUAUUCGAGAAGAGAAUAAGAAUAGAGGCGGCCUAUUUCGUCGAGCACCUUAUCGAAACAACCGCUGGGCUCUCAAACCGUUUCCUAAAUUUCCUAAUGUCGAAAUCAAAUUGACUAUUGAUGAAAAAGUUCCACCGAAAAGAAUCUCAUAUCUACGAAUACCAAGUCCAAUGGAACAAAAAGUUGACCAAAAGAUUCUUGAAAUGCUGCGAUGUGAUAUCAUCGAACCCGUUGAAGGGACAACUGAGUGGAUUUCCCCUAUGGUGGUCGUGCCAAAAGGGAAAGACGAUGUGCGGCUUUGCAUCAACAUGAGGUAUCCCAAUACCGCUAUCCAGAGAGAGUAUUAUCCUCUUCCGGUUAUCGACACCUUUCUUAAUAAGUUAAGAGGUUCGGUAUGUUUUUCUAAGCUGGAUAUUACAUCAGCUUUCCAUCAUAUCGAAUUACAUCCGGACUCACGAAACAUUACGACAUUCAUGACUGGGCGUGGACUCAUGCGGUUCAAAAGAUUAUUUUUCGGUAUAAACUGCGCACCUGAGAUAUUCCAGCGGGUUAUGACCCAGAUGCUGGCGGGAAUAGAUGGCGUGAUAGUUUAUAUAGAUGAUAUUGUUGUCACUGGCCGAACAUCUCAGGAGCAUAAUACCCGAUUGAAACAAGUGUUGAAAGUCCUCCGCCUGAACAAUGCUUUGCUGAAUGACAAGAAAUGCGUUUAUGGUGUUAAUGAAAUAGAGAUACUAGGUUUCAAAGUCAAUGCAGCAGGAAUCAGUCCGUCAGACGAAAAAAUUUCCGCAAUCAAAAACUUUAGGAAACCAGAAACAAAAGAAGAAAUGAGAAGUUUCCUGGGAUUGAUCAAUUUUGUUGGUCACUUCAUUCCACGCCUAUCUGCCAGAUCCGAACCAUUACGAAAGUUUAUCCGUGGCGAAGUUGAAUCGUUUGGAAAGGAACAAUGUGACGCUUUCGAUGAUCUCCGAAAUGAUUUAACGGUUAAAGUACUUAAACUUGGGUUUUUCAAUCCAGUGGAUGCAAUUGAAAUUUAUGUAGACGCCUCCCCGAGUGGUCUCGGUGCCGUUCUCGUUCAGCGCGGUAAGGACGGAAUGCCCAGAAUUAUAUGUUUUGCAUCAAAGGGGCUUACAAUGUGCGAAAAAGUGUAUCCUCAGACACAGCGAGAGGCUCUAGCUGUAGUAUGGGCGGUAGAAAAAUUCUACCUCUAUGUUUACGGUAUGCAUUUCACUUUAUACACCGACCACAAGACAUUAGAGUACAUUUAUGGAGGUAAACAUCAAAAUGGUCGUCGGGCAUGUACCAGAGCGGAAUCCUGGGCUCUUCGUCUGCAGCCUUAUACCUUCACUGUGAAACACAUUCCAGGGCAUAUGAACAUUUCUGACAUCCUAUCGCGCUUAUGCCCAAAUGGAGAAGCAGCUUUUGACGAAGAAUCCGAGCAUUUUCUCUUUGCUGCAGGGGAAGGUUUAUCGGCGAUAAGCUUGGAGGAAAUAAGGAAUGAAACGAAAAAAGAUGGCGCUCUUAUGGCUGUCGUUGACGCUCUGAAAACUGGCAAUUGGCCAACAAACUUGAUCCGGUACGAAGCGUUUAAAAGAGAGCUUGGAAUUAUGGAGGGUAUUCUGAUAAGGGACGAACGUAUUGUUCUACCACAAAGCCUGAGGAGCAAAGCACUGGAUAUAGCACACCGUGGUCAUCCUGGAGUAGUCGCUAUGCGAAAAAUUCUUCGCGAAAAAGUUUGGUGGCCUUGCAUGGACAAGGAUGUCACCAACAGGGUACACGAAUGUGCUGGCUGUGCAGCGGUCAGUUCUCAGUUCCCUCCUGAACCUAUGACCAGGAAGGAGAUCCCGGAUCGGCCAUGGCAGGAUAUCGCCAUCGAUUUUUUUACGGCCAAAGAGUGUGGCACAUUCCGCGUUGUAGUAGACUACUUUAGUAGAUUUUUGAGAGUGGUAGAGAUGAAGUCAACUGACGCAGCGCAUACCAAAUCUGCACUUCAGACGUUGUUCGACGAAUACUCUUAUCCGGAGUCCAUACGUAGCGACAAUGGACCACCAUUUACGAGCCAAGAGUUUGCUAACUAUUGCACGGAAAGAAAUAUUCGACUGAUUCAUACUAUACCUUAUUGGCCACAAAUGAAUGGCAUGGUUGAGCGGCAGAAUCAAGGUCUGCUAAGGGCUCUACAAAUCGCAAAAGCAACGCAUAAGGAUUGGCGUAAAGCUUUGAAAGAGUAUAUUCAAAUGUACAAUAGUACUCCCCACACUGUGACGGGAAAAGCACCAUCGGAGUUAAUGAAUGGCCGACCAAUCAAAGACUUCCUGCCUUCAAUCAGAACAGAUCCUUAUUUCUACCGAGAAGAAGCGGUGCGCGAGAGAGACGCGGUGGAGAAGUUGAAAGGGAAAAAAUAUGCAGAUUGUCGCAGACACGCCGCGCCUUCAGAUAUAAAAGAGAACGAUACCAGUGAUGUCGAUGGGAAUCAUGCCCGCGAUGAAAAAGCUUCAUCUGUUGAGAUGAUCCUGUAUGCACAGCAAACUCGCAUGGCUAGAGCCGAAAUGUACUCCGUAAUUUCCAACUGUUACGCUCGACCUCUAGGGCUGAGCUCCAGGCCACUUCUCCGUAUCAUAGUUUUGAUAGUGCAACGCUCGCAAGGAGACGUCUCUUGCUACUCUUUGGACCAUGACAGUUAG